CCACUUCGCCGCGUCGCGGGGAGGAGGCCGGCGGCGGCGCCAUGGAGAAGGGCUUCCAGCGCCACCAGCACCUGCUGGGCGGGAAGAUGAGGGGCGCGGCGGGGCUGAUGGGCCUGCAGAAGCAGAACUCGUGGUCGCCCGACAUCGAGCGCGACGAGGCCUGGGAGCGCCGCCGCCGCGGCCUCAUGCGCCGCGCGCCCUCGUCGUCCUCGCUCAGCCGCGCGCAGAGCGUCACCGACGACGACCUCGACGAGCUGCGCGGCUGCCUCGAUCUGGGCUUCGGGUUCGAGCUGCCCGCGUGCGCCGCGUGCGGCGAGGGACGGACCCGGCUCGUCGAGACGCUGCCCGCGCUCGACCUCUACUACGCCGUCGCCGUCAAGGGUGGCGGCGCCGGUGCGGGCACGGAGGGGCAGUGCGCCGCGCCGUGCACCUGCGGCGCCUCGUCUGAGGCCUCCGACCCGUCGCCGAUCGGGAGCCCCCUCUCCAUACUCUCCCCAGACGACCCGCCGGAGACGGUGAAGAUGAGGCUGAAGCAGUGGGCGCAGGUGGUGGCGCUCUCCCUGCGCAACCGUGCCUGAACACCGCACCCGGUUCCUAUCUCGCACCAGGAGAUCCGCAGGAGGGAGGAACGAAUAAAACUCACAAGAAAACAAUCCUCCCUGCCUCGAGAAGAAGAACCAAAGAGGAAGAAACGCAAGGAAUCUAGGGUUUGGUGCCGCAUUCGCACUCCUACUACUACCUUGCACCUGCUAGACGCUAAUCGACUUUCCUCGCCCUGUCACAUAUAAAUUCACCGCUACUGAAUCAUCAUACUUCUGCUGCUCUGCUCCUCUGUUUGUUUCGCCCUUCUCCCCCUGAUUCGCUAGACGCAUUGCUUCUGUUAGUUUCUCCCCCCUAAUCCGCAUCGUUCUGUUAGUUAGUUAGUGGAUUCGACCCCCUAAUCCUGGCUGUACAGCAUGGCGCAUCAUACCUAGAUUAAUUUGCAUUUUCGAAAUAAUCAAUUGUUGGCUGGUAGGCUGGCUGGAGUUGC